GUAUCGAUUAGUCGUACAUAGUUAGCGAUGGCAUCAAACAGCGCAAAAUUUCGUGGGCUUCUCCAACGUCCAUACGAGCCCUUGUUCAUGCCCAAAUCCAACGGGCAACUGUAUUUCGAUCUUCCGGAUAACUAUCUAACUGAUCGCUAUCGCGCUAUAGGUCAAUCCCUACAAACCCGAUUCAGCACCAACAUUUCAACGAGAGUUCCCCUUCAAAACAUUACCCCUCCGGAUAUAAGCUUUGCCCAAGUUGUCCCUCGGCGUGGUGGUUUUUCCGUGUUCAACACGCGGGAUCGCAAAGCUGCUGGGCAGUUGAUCGAGUUGUUUCUGAACCAGAGCAAUCCCGAUGCGUUGUUUGCAGUAGCUGCCUAUAGCCGAGAUCGUUUGAAUGGACCACUUUUCCAGUACGCAUUGUCUGUUGCAUUGCAACAUCGACCUGAUACGGCCAAUAUACCGAUACCCAGUUUCUUGGAGUUGUUUCCUGAUAGGUUUAUCGAGGCGUCCACGUUUCCGCGAUUGCAAGAGGAGGGGAGGAUCGUUAACCAAGGAGAUCGGAUGGCCGUUGAUAUUCCGAUUAACAAUACUGCAUCGGACCUUGAACCGGAACAGAAGGUAGCGUACUGGCGAGAGGACAUCGGAGUCAAUCUUCAUCACUGGCAUUGGCACUUGCUGUAUCCGUCGGAAGGUCCAGACCGGGUAGUGCGCAAGGAUCGCCGUGGCGAAAUAUUCUACUACAUGCACCAACAAAUUCAAGGACGAUACAACAUUGAACGGUUCUGCAAUGGACUGCCAAGGGUAAAAUCCUUGGCACAAUUUCGUGACCCGAUUCCAGAGGGAUACUAUCCGAAAAUCACGCAGAGUUCAAACAAUCGUACCUAUCCGGGCCGGAGUCGCAAUCAAGUGCUGCAUGAUUUGAGACGUGUCGAAGAUCAAGUUGAAGUAACAAUUGCAGAAAUGGAAGUUUGGACUGGAAGAAUAUUUGAAGCAAUCGAUUCUGGCUUUGCUAUGUCCGCCAAUGGACAGCGGAUUCCUCUCGACAAUAAAGAGGGGAUCGACGUUCUCGCGAAUAUGGUUGAAAACUCAUCAUUGUCUCCGAAUGCGGACUUUUAUGGUAGAUUGCAUAUCGAAGGACACCAAAUGAUUGGAUACAUCCACGACCCCGACAACUCGUUUCUUGAAGGCUUUGGAGUUAUUGCUGACAAUACAACCUCAAUGCGCGAUCCGGCCUUCUUCCGUUGGCAUCAACACGUGGACGACAUCUUUGAGAGACAUAAGCGCAAAUUCCGACCUUAUACCGCAUCUGAGCUCUCCAAUCCAAAUAUUGAGGUCAAUUCGAUCGACAUCUCAUUGAACCGUGCCGGCGCUUCAAACAACGUCCUGUUGACCUUUUGGCAAAGAUCACAAGUGGACCUUGGAAUAGGGCUUGAUUUCGGACCAGAUGGCAAUGCUUUUGUAACAUUCACUCACAUUCAACAUGCACCCUUCAGUUAUCAGAUCAAGAUCACCAACAAUAGUAGAACUCCCAAACGGGGCACGGUUCGCAUCUUUCUGGGCCCAACUGGCGAUCAAAAUGGGAAAUCGAUUCCCAUUCAACAGAAACGUCGCUGGAUGCUCGAGCUAGACAAAUUUGCUGUGAAUUUGAAUCCUGGAGUAAACAAUGUUGUUCGUCGCUCCGAACAAUCGAAUUUAACGAUUCCUUACGAGCGAACGUUCCGAAAUGUUGCGGCGUCAACCCAACCGGAGAGUGAUCAAUUUAGGUUCUGCAAUUGUGGCUGGCCAUCGCACAUGUUGAUACCAAAAGGAACUCCUCAGGGAACGCGUUUUGAUUUGUUUGUAAUGGUCUCCAAUUACAACGAUGACGUUAUCAGUCCAGGGUUUGACGAAAACAUCCCUUGUGACGAUGCUCACACGUUUUGCGGGUUGCGUGAUCGCCUCUAUCCAGAUGCUCGAAGUAUGGGAUUUCCAUUCGAUCGUCUGUUGGGGCCAUCCGUGAACAGUUUAGAAGAUUUCGCCAAACCGUACAAGAACAUGGCUCUCAACCAAGUGCUAAUCCGCUUCACCAAUACAGUAAUUGCAAGAUCAUAAUCUCAAAAAAGCUGUUUUGUUAGACUAUCAGAAGUAAUUUAAUCAUACAGUCAACUCUCCCUUACUCGAAAUUUCGUAUCUCAAUAUCGAGUUAGAGAACUACAGUAAAAGUUGUUUUUUAUGGCUACCUCGAUGGUCCCUUGGAUCGCAGUUGAAUUGGUUUUGAGUUCUGUAACUCGAUAACUUCCUUACCCAAUAGUCUCUUCAAUAUUUUGUUAUGGAGAGUUGACUGUACUUCAAAAUGUGACUUGAAUACUUUAUAAUUUAAUAAGAUGUAUUUGCACUGCACGAGCGAAAAAUAAUAUAUCUAAAAGCCUAUAUAUAAUAACAUACUUUAUAUAUAACUUUUUUUUGAUUCAGUUAAUCAACAAUAAAAAUAAAAUAAAAUUCAAAACGUGUGAAAA